AUGAACUUGUCAAAACCAUUACUACUGCGGCUGAUCCGCCCAACACGACAGUUACAAUCAUCAAUACCUUUAAUAUCAUGUUCACGCCCGGAGAGUCUCCAAUUUCGAUCUCUUCAGACUGCAAAUCUGAACAUUAAACUCCAGCAACCUUGGAACAGGCUUCACAUACCACCACUCAAUGUAUCGCAUUUACAGAAACGCUUUCUUGAGACAGAAAAGCCACGAUACCCAACUUCGGUCUCUGAUACUGUCGGGGAAAUGAUGGAACGGGAAAGUAAAGAGUACAACAACAAGACUAUAGCUGCUCCAAUACUGUUUUCUGCUUUGGUGGUCGUGGUUUCCUUCGUUGUUGCUGCCAGUCUUAGAGAAGAGAAGGAAUACCAGCAAUCUAAGAAACUAUUACAAAGUCUGACCACUAAAAUGUCGGACGUUUGGGCCGUAUGGACUGGAGGACGACAAACUGUAGAUUUAGCUUCGAUGGGAGAUCCAAUAAGUAGAACUGCAGGCGGAUGGAAAGUUGGUGGUGUCUUUGAUCGUUACGCACCAUUUGAACUGAAACGAAUGGUGACGGUAGUCCGCACUGAAUGGUUGAAUUACGGCGCAUCGCGCCAACUGGUGUAUGAAAUAAUAGCGCUCAAUGCAUUGGUCUUUUUAGCGUGGCAGGUCAGGCCGUUGCAGCCCUUCAUGAUUAGGCAUUUUAUGCAUCAUCCUCAUUCAGGAAGGCUGCAUACUUUAGUGACGUCUGCGUUCUCCCAUCAGAAUGUCUUUCAUUUUGGGUUCAAUAUGAUGGCACUCGCUUCAUUCGGUCCGGCUGUUGUAUAUAACGAUCUGGGCUCUCGUGAACACUGGCUGGCUUUCUAUAUAUCGGCUGCUGUACUAUCAGGCUUAGGGUCUCACCUUUACACAAUCCUCGGAGCUCGUGCCGCACUACCUAGUCUUGGAGCAUCUGGGGCUAUAUUCGGUUUAUUUGCUGGCACGGCAUAUCUCAAACCAGAAAUGGGAGUCAGAGUCGCCUUCUUGCCGUACAGGUUUGAACUAGGAGAUGUGCUUCCAGUACUGGUACUUCUAGACGCUGUUGGACUGGUGCGGGGCUGGGCAUUCUUUGAUCAUGCGGCGCAUCUCUCCGGUGCAGCCUUCGGAUUCUGGUAUUCAGCACGCCAACUAUACUCGAUCGUCUCAGAUGUAUCUUCGUAUCGCCAUUUCGUGCCGUGGUGUGUCUCAUCACGGGUAAUAUCGUCUCGAGAAGUCGCAUAUCAGCCAGUAUCGCCAAUACCUGGUGUAGUAGGCCGUCGUGAAACAACCGCAGCAGGAGGAUGGAAAAAGAAUCUGUUACGAGCUGAAGUUGGUGUUGGAUUUGAUGCAUUUAAUGAGACUUAUAUAAGUGAUGUUACGUGUUUACCGUAUUGGAAGGUUGAGGCAGUGUCAUCAGACUCAACGCUAUUCAAAACACUGAACACGACAUGGAGAUUCACAUCUGCUACACCAUAUACAUCGCCGUCCACACUACCAUUACCUUCUAAUAGCAAGGCAUUUGCACCACUUCCCCGUGAUAAUACUCCACACGACUAUCCAGCAUGUUGGGUAGAUUUUUAUAUCGCAUUUGAAUUCACAUCGCCGUUAUACGCAACUAUAGCCAUGGCCUUUUUUGAUGAUGCUUGUAAGAAGAUGGUUAAGGCCUUUGAGAAGAGGGCUGAGGAAAAGUAUGGAGAAGCUUCAAAGCUGGCUAGAUAG